UUCUGAUUCGCGCGAUUCGACGCAGGCGAAGUGGCGGAUCAGUUGUGGCCCUUGCGAGGCUCAAGUUGCAGUCGCCCGCCUUGAAAACACCAUUCGCGGCCAAUGGUAUUCCGUGCAGAACGAACCUUGUGCGGGCACGACUCUGCUGUUUGUAAUUGUUGUUUCUCUCCAGACGGGAAGAAGGUUCUCUCUGCUUCUUUUGACUUGACAUUGAAGAUAUGGCUGGCGUCUGACGGUGCGCUGCUGCAUACCUUGAGCGGGCACGACGAGUAUGUUCUUAGUUGUUGAUUCUCUCCAGACGGGAAGAAGGUUCUCUCUGCUUCACAGGACUCGACAUUGAAGAUAUGGCUGGCGUCUGACGGUGCGUUGCUGCAUACCUUGAGCGGGCACGACUCUGGUGUUCUUAGUUGUUGUUUCUCUCCAGACGGGAAGAAGGUUCUCUCUGCUUCACAGGACUCGACAUUGAAGAUAUGGCUGGCGUCUGACGGUGCGUUGCUGCAUACCUUGAGCGGGCACGACGAGGAUUUUGGUAGUUGUUGUUUCUCUCCAGACGGGAAGAAGGUUCUCUCUGCUUCACAGGACUCGACAUUGAAGAUAUGGUUGGCGUCUGACGGUGCGCUGCUGCAUACUUUGAGCGGGCACGACUAUGGUGUUCUUAGUUGUUGUUUCUCUCCAGACGGGAAGAAGGUUCUCUCUGCUUCUUCUGACUCGACAUUGAAGAUAUGGCUGGUGUCUGACGGUGCGCUGCUGCAUACCUUGAGCGGGCACGACUCUGGUGUCCUUAGUUGUUGUUUCUCUCCAGACGGGAAGAAGGUUCUCUCUGCUUCUUUUGACUCGACAUUGAAGAUAUGGCUGGCGUCUGACGGUGCGCUGCUGCAUACCUUGAGCGGGCACGACGAGUAUGUUCUUAGUUGUUGUUUCUCUCCAGACGGGAAGAAGGUUCUCUCUGCUUCUUUUGACUCGACAUUGAAGAUAUGGCUGGAAUCUGACGGCUCGAGCGGUUCUGGACAGAGAGCGGAUGGGCGCCAUGAUGAUUACAUGCUCAUGGCGGGGCGGCGGAUCGACUCGCGCACGCUGCCCAGAUGCCUCGGCCUUCCCAUUAUUCUGAAUACGGCAUUGGCGCAGUGCCAGAAGAUGACCCGUUUGGCCAGUUCAUGUCGCACAUUGUCCUCAGCACGGUUGCAAGCCACAGGGAGUCCUACCGGUCUGCCGUGUACCAUGAGCCGCCGCAGCUCGAGAUCAUCGGGGUGCGAUUGGUAGUAAACCCAAGAGUGCAAGCAUCUUACAUGGCAAAGCUCGAGAACCUCGAGGGCAAGAGGCAGCGAAAGCGCAUGUGGUCUCCAAUUUCGGCUCUCUCUCAUCUGAAAGUGCCGACGAACAUAUACGACUUCGACUUGAACGAGCAUUUCUUAUUCCAUGGGGCUGUACCAUCGACCCUAGAGAAGAUAUGCAAAGGUGGGUUCAAUCCGCAGAUGGGGGGUGAGACUUCUGGUAAGCUUUUCGGCACCGCCUCUUACUUCGCUGCGAAUUCUUCAAACAGCGAUGAUUACACAGAAGAUCGCGCAAAUCAGUUGGAAAAGAAUGCCAAGAGGACCUUAAUGGUUGCCCGCGUUGCCCUUGGGGAGUCUUUUCGCGCGUCAGAGCCCAUGCAGCAGAUCACCAGGCCUCCAGACGACGACGAAGGCGUGGUCUUUGAUUCGAUAUGGGCUGAUACAUCGAGACACGGUGGCUGCGUGGAUCAUCUCGAAGUUAUGGUAUUUUCGGAGGCGCAGGCACUACCAGUUGCGCUCGUGGACUACCGGCAUGCAGUCGGCUGCACGUGCGCCUUCUGCUGGAGGCGUCCCUGAAACGCUGGACUGCAGAUCAAUUGCAAGACCGCAUGGCUCGAGCAAGAGAUCCGGUACAGUCCACGGGGCGGUCU